GGUGGGAGGAGGCGUACUCCCGCUUCCGGGAGACAGGUAAGAUCCGGGGCCCUUUUGCUUUUCUCCCGGCCUCUUCUUCUCAGAGAAACCAUGAGCAAGCGGAAUCAGGUGUCAUACGUGCGUCCACCGGAGCCCGCGUUCCUGGCCCGCUUCAAGCAGAAGGUCGGCUAUAAGGAGGGGCCCACCGUGGAAACCAAGAAAAUUCAACCUGAAAUCCCAGAGGGAGAUGACAGGAGCGACAAUGAAGACGAGCAGCCACAAGUUGUCGUGCUGAAAAAAGGAGAUUUAUCAGCAGAAGAAGUAAUGAAAAUUAAGCAGCAGAUAAAGUCUUCCAAACCAGAUGAAGAACCGGCUCCAGCUGAUGGAAAAAUUAUGUUCAGAAAACCAGCCAAGAGAUCCUCUGAUGAGAAGUAUUUGGGUUUGACAGCAAACUCCAGAAAGAAGAGAAAAGAUGAAGAAAAAAAAAAGGAAGACUUGGUUCCAAAAAACAAUCAGAAACAAAUAAAAAAUAGUAACCUGCUUUCUUUUGAUGAUGCAGAGGAAGAAGUUGAAUAAUUGUACAUAUUUUGAACUUUUGUAUUCUCUCCUUCGAGAGCAUUUGGGGGGUGUUCCUUAAACAUUUUCUUACGGACUUUUUUCAUUUUUUAAAGAGUGGCCUAUGUUGGUGAUGUGGAGUAUGUUUGAACUCUAUUUGGUGUAAUUGAAAUAUUUCAGCAAACAUAAUCAAAAUUGCUUAAGGAGCUAGAUCUAGAAUACGUGACCCAGGUAUACUUGGCACCACCUCCUCCCUCCUUUGUAAUGUCUCUAACAUAACUCCCAUGACCAUUUAGGUUAAAGACAAGAAGUCUAUGUAUCCGUUUAAAACUAUUGAUUACAGCUAAAGACCAGGAUCUUAUGUGAUUUACUCAAUGACCUUGAGGAAGCUGCCCUGUUUUCCCUAUCUGUAAGUGCAUGAUUCAGUUAAUUACCUUGAAUUAUCAUGAACAUCAUGCUAAUGCAAAAUACUUUUUUACUUUAGUGCCUACAACUUCCUCAGACAUUAAAACAUCUUUUAGCUUGCUUGAUAUAAGUAUUUAAAGCCUGUGCUUUGUUAAUGUUUUGAGACUUUUUGCCAUUUUAAUUAUAUUCCACCUUUCAAUCUUAGGAAUUUCCAUGUAAGUUUAUGAAUGACUGACUCCUUUGUAGCAUAUAUAUUUUUUAAAAAAAAGAAGAUUCGAGAUUUAGGAUAAUGUGCCAUUUCAACAAAAGGAAUGAGGUGGAUUCUCAACCCCAUUUAGCCAUCUAAAAGAAUCUAUUGUGUUCCAAUUAAAACACCACCAAGAAUUUAUGGUAGCUUGGCCCAGACUCUCUUGGUAUGAGAAAACAUCCUGAAUCUAGUUUCUUAUUUUGCUGCAAAAGAAGUAAAAUUAAUGGGGAUUGUAAAGCUUUGUGAAGGAACUGAUUGGAAAUUGCCGUUUUGCAGCUGUUUGAGGUUUAACUGUUAAUGUUUUAAUGUAGCUCAUGAGAAUGUAAUAAAAGCAGAAAAUGUAAAUAAAUAAAACCGAUCCUUAGACAUGUUUCUACAUGUAGCUAAGGCCAAGAUCUAUAAAGACAAAA